AGCAAAUAAAAACAGUAUUCAUUCAGACAUUUACUAACGCAUGAAUCACUGUGAUAAGCAUUGACCGGUUCUAGUUGUAUUUUUAUUGCUUAUAAUAACUAAAGGUGUUUCAGUCACAUUGAAAUCGUCAGCUUACGUGAGAAUUGUGUGUUAUUUUGAAAAUCAAACAUGGAAGACGAAUGUUUCCCCGCCAUUUCAAUGAACACGGCCUGCACAAAAUUACAGCACGACGAAUUGACCAACGAAGAGAUAGAUAUAAAAGAUGAGCCGAACAGUGAGACGGACAGCACCCAGUCGUCCUGCCCAUCUUCCCCGCAUUCCAUCUACGUCAAUGCCAGCGAUCUGCCGUUAGACGUCGAAAUGACAUCAUCCCCGUCGCCAACACCUUCCUCAGCAGCCACAACGACGAUAGCGUCUUGUAAUAGUACACCCACCCUCCCCACCACCACUAUUCUUCUAACCACCUCCCCUCAUACCGUAAUCCCGCCCCGUUUCCAUCGACGGCAGCCAAUAUCGGCAAACACUGUCAAGAUCGAACCAGCCCCUUCAGUCGGUCUGUUGUCCGCCUUCCAUCACCUGCCGCCCACUCCUCCUUCUUGUUCGAGCGACAGCGAAGGUGGGGAUGGACAUUCUAGACCCCAGUCGCCCGCCCAACAAGCGAUUCUGGUUGGCACAACGCAGAGGAGAGUAGGAGGCAGAGGGGCGGUACAAAGUCAAGGGGUGGGGAGACAGCCUAUAUGUACGCCGCUCAUCAGCUCGCAACCGAAGGGUUCAACAGGGACUCUGAUACUUACCGAAGAGGAGAAGCGCACCCUGUUAGCAGAAGGUUACCCAGUUCCUACCCGCCUACCGCUCACGAAAGCCGAAGAAAAAUCGCUCAAAAAAAUCAGAAGAAAAAUCAAAAACAAGAUCUCAGCGCAAGAAAGCAGAAGAAAGAAGAAGGAAUACAUGGACCAGCUCGAACGUAAAGUAGAACACCUCGUCUCGGAAAACAACGAGUACAGACAGAAAAUCGAAAACCUGGAGGAUUCCAACACCAACUUGCUCACACAGCUUCAGAAGCUGCAAGCGAUCGUAGCUAGAACUCACCCGCAGAUUAUCAAACAACUGAAGUUGGCUAACUGAAGCAUUAGAAGUUAGGGCGCACGUUUCGAAGCCUUCAUAAGAGAUUGAUACAAGUACAAAAUGUUAAGCGGAUUUGUACUUUAACAGAGUCAUAUUUCACUAAUUUUGUUGAUGUUAGUUGUUUUGGAAAUGCUUGUUAUAAAUUCUGGAGGGAUUAAAAUUUGGGGAUUAUUGAAACUGAGAGUUGUUGUUUUGUUUUUAUGUUUGUUUAGAUUUAUUAGGUUACAAUGUCUUAAUUUUAUCGAAUGCUCCUGUGGAAAUUCUAGAAUCGGUAAUAUUGCUGGUGUAUAGCAGUUAAGUACCUCUCAGGGUCACGUACGUGGAAAGAGUUAUCAGUAAUUUUUUUUAUCGAAACAUUUUAUUGAAGUAGACGUUAUCAAAAGUAGUCAUUUUCUUACUUAACAUAUUUGGAAGCUCUUUAAUUUUACUUAUUAUGGUUAAUUUGUUUGUUUGCUGAAGAUUUAUUUAGCAUUAAUGCUACAAUGUCAAUUUUGUAUAAUUAUUCGUUUACACGUUUUUUUUUUUAAUCAAUUUUCUGUUUUCUUUCAAUAUUUCUUUCAAUUUCCUAACUCUUCAUUUAUAACAUGUUCACAUAAAACUUAUUACCCCUCCAAAAUUUGCUACAAGCUUUUCUGAAUAUUUUUUGUACGUAUAGAUAUCUGCGAAGUGCAUUAUGUAUAUCAAAAAAUGAUGGAAAUUUUAAAAAUGUAUGCAUUGAAGAUGGAUAUAAUAUGCUCAUAUCUACAAAUAGAACAUCCAUAACAAUAUAACACUAACAAGAUAAGCAAAAAUGGCCUUGUUUUCAGUUUCGACUACGUCGAUUUCUGUUUGGAAACCGACUGCAACUUGCUUUUCUAAAAUACUUUUCUGAUUAUUUUUUGAGGGAACACCCGUGUAGUCUUCCAAAAAUUAGAUGCAUUCCAUAUACGAACCAGUUUUUGUACAAAUAAAAGUUACAAAUCGUUUACAAGGCUCUUCGCAGAGCUUCAAUAGCAUAUUGGUUUUCACGUACAUUGUGUAAUGUGUGAUUAUAUACUUGUAUAAAAUUUGUAUAUAACAUCAAAUACGGACUUUUUGUCAUAUUUUCGCAGCGCACCCUAUAUUUAGAUGAAGUAUUUCCACGAUUUCAGGUACUAAAUAUAGAUCACCUAUUAGAUACACCAAAUGUAUUACUAAGCAGAUUCCUACUUCGCAGGUAAGCAUAACGUAAAAACUAAGUUUUCUAUCAUAUGCUAACACCGGAAGUUCGUCCAUUAUGUUCGUAUUAAAUCUUUUGUACAUUUUUAUUAAAAAGCUAAUAUGGGACCACAGCUUGUGUAGAAUUAAAAAAAAAUUCACUUAACGUGGAUAGACUGAACAUUUUUAGCGUUUUAAUGGACAGUUUGUCGCAGAUAGUCAUCAUUUGAUUGUACGAUGUCUAUUUGUUUUAGACUAAUUAUAUUAGCUAAUUUUCCCGAAAUAAUUGUGAAGUCUGGUUUGAUUAAUACAAGUUGUUCAAUGAGGUAUUUAAAAAAACUUUUUAUUCGACACAACAAAGUAUGAGAAAACGUGUUUUUUGGGAUUCAAUCGAUAGUGUUGUCAGGAACCAAAAAACUCUUCAAAUAAGAUUUUUAGGUAUUUAUGAAACCUACAGAAUUAGGCCAUACGUAAAAAGAUUCUCAAAAACUACUUGACCAAUCGACUCUAAUUUUGUUGUGGUUAUUUAGAGGUGUGAAGCCUACGAAUUUGAAGAAUUUCAAGUAUCUGCGUUGAAACUAUCGUCGAUUACCAAGUGCGAAAACCUGCAUCUUGUCUCGAUUUUCGGCCGUAACUUUUUUAUUAUUAGUCGGAUCCUUUUAUGUGUGGUAUCAUUCUGUGAGUCUCAUAAAUACCUAAAAAUCUUAUUUGAAGAGUUUUUUUGUUCUUGCCAACACUUUCAAUUGAAUCCUAAAAAACACGUUUUCUCAUUAUUUGUUGUCGAAUAAAACCAGACUUUACAAUUAUUUCGCAAACCAGGGAUAUUUUCGUCUAAUAUGCUUAGAGUAAUUCUUGACAUUAUACAUGUAGCAUUGACAUUUAACUGAAGUUUGCAAUAUAUCGCAUCAACGUUAGAAAUUCAGAUUCAAAUUCCGGCAUAAAACGGUUUUUUUUAUAACUACUUUUACAGUUUGAUAUUUUGACAUGAUCUGCGACAAACAUUUCAUUAAUGCAGUGUCAUUAGUUUUUUGCCUAUUUAUUUUAACUUUUUGCAACCCUAUAGUUCUUUUAUAGCUAAUUGACUAUCAAAUUAAGUUUGAAGUGAUAACUGAAACACAUGAGAUUUCGUGUUUUAAGAUACGAUUAAGUGCAAUUAUAAUUAAAUGUUACACUCACAUACAUGGUGAAAUUUAACAAUGAGGCAUAGUUUUAUAUAUUUUGAAAAAGAAAUUUAAUAACUGGAAUAUUUUAUAUAGACAUAUUAAGAACUGCAUUUUAUAUGUAUAUAUUUACAUGUUAUGAUAUUCAAAGUUUAAAUAUUUUAAUAUUGUUACACAGAUAAUAUAGUGCUGGAAAAUACUUUUGAAAUCAAAAAAAUUUUCAACUAUGUUUUAAAUGUUUGUAAAACAUUUAGUAGUAUACAAGAUUUUUGAUGAAACAUCCCUGUUUGCUUGCUGUAAUUUUUAAAACUUUUUGUCAAUAUUGUUUGUUGUUCGAUUAUCGAUUAUGGGACAAGAAGGCGACCUUUCAUCGGAAAUCAGAAGAGUAGCAGAAUAUUCUGUGUAUAUACGUGAAAUAGAAAUGGGUAUUUGAUACAAUAUUGUUAACGUAGAAAUCAGUUUUUUAGAUUUCGUCAGUCAGGGGUUAAAUAAAUUUGUUAUAGGUAAUUUUUUCGUAGCGUAUAUUUUUCUAUUGUCGAAGAGAGUAAUAAUAGUCAAUUCGUGUAUUAUCGAUUUCAAAUAGCUUUUUGUAUGUCGGAGUAAAAUCGUUUAACGUCAAGGUUUGAAUAUAUGAGUAAGGGCUCGCCAAAUGUAAUUAGACUACUGAAAAAAAUUUAGGGAGACAGACAAAAAUCCAAAUUUUUCGGUAUUUUUGAGAGGCUGUAUUUUAGUGAAAAAUGGUCGUAUCUAGACUUUAAAAAAGCAUUUUCAAGUUCUAAGGUUCUACUUUUCAUGUAUUUUACCAGAAAAUUUUUAGGAGCAACGGUUCUCGUGCAAUUUUUACAGGUCGCACAAGAAAAUUUUUUUGAAAAAUGUUUGCCUUAUUUUUAGUCCACAAGCAUGAAAAAUUUCUGUUAGGCCUGUCAUAUGGAUCAGAUAACCUGUUUAUUCAACUUCAAUAUUAUGUUUUUAAAAUACCGAACCGAUCAUUUGGCGCGAAGAGAUUUGAAUGAGAAAGGAUCAUUUUGUCAUCGACUAUAUCUAUAUCUCAGAGAAUGUAAGGGUGUUUACAAAAACUGGAAUAAAUCUUCAAACUUUUUCAAUUGUUUUCUUUAAAAUAGAAAAUGUUACAGAUAUCCAGUACUGACAACAAAAGAAGAAAAAUGAUUUUUCCAUUUUCUACCAAAUUAAAUGAUGUAUUGUUACAAAAAUUUUGUUCCUUUGAUUCCUUCCAAAUUUUGAGAAACCACACAAUGGAUCGAUCUGCGUUGACUUUUUUAAAACCAAUACCAGGUAAACCAAUGAAAAUCCUCAAAGCUUGCGAUCAAAUUUAAUUUUUGAUAUAUUCCACUUUUCGGAAAUACCCUUUUCCAUUCUCUGUGCGACCACUGGUCAUCGAGGUAUCAGUGAUUGAUGACAAAGGGAUCCAUUUUCAUUCAAAUUCCGAUCUUUCCGCGCCAAAUGAUCGUAUCGAAAUUUUAAAAACAGAAUAUUGAAUCUGAGUAAACAGGUUAUCCGAUCCAUAUAUUGACCUAACAGAAAAUCAAUGUUCAAGCCGGUGGACUAAAAAGAACAAGUAACAACAUUUUUCUUGCGCUAUCUGUUACAAUUGCGGGAGAAUCGUUGCUCCUAAAAUACUUCUGCAAAAAAACCUGAAAACUAGAAUCUUAGAGCUUCAAUAUGCUUUUUUUAAGUCUCGAUACAAUCAUUUUUCACCGAAAUACAGCCUGCCUAAAAUCGCCGAAAAAUUUGUAUUUUUUUUGUCCCUUAAUUUGCUUGAGUAGCGUAUCAGGAAUUACAUUUCUUCAACGAUUCCAUCAACCUUCAGCAAUCUUGCAGAAACAAGACAAACAACAACACCACCUGAAUUAAUUGAAUUCCUUCACGAAUUAUUUUUUUAAACGGUCAAGAACAUCGUUUUUGGGACGACCAGAGAUUCUUUCUCAGUCUCUCCUUUUUAGCAAAUGUAACAUAUGAACUGUACAAGGAAGCGAGGAACAUUCUGAUAUACCCAUAAAACCCUUAUCAGGUGUUGCCCUGCUUAUCAUUUAGCCUAGUUUUAGCGAUACGUUUGAUCUAUGCAAGAGAUUAUUUAUCUACACUGAAGUAUGGACACAAAAGUAACUGAGCCAUAUCAAACCACAGCAUACAUGCUCGAUCAGAAAGCACAAUCGGCUGAGUAAUUCAAAUAAUUGGCAGACGUCCAAAAACGCCAUGUAACAUGCAGCCUUAAAUACAAUAUUUUCCCGUAAACUGAAGGGACUUUGAGACUGUUUGGUAUUUGUAUGUAUGCUGUGUGGCUAUCAAGAAAAAAAUCGAUAUAUUUACCACCUCUUUAGUGAACGUUAAAGUAUUGAAAUGAUGCAUUUUUUGUAGCUGAAAAAUGAAUUUUAUAUAUUUAUUAUGAUAUGACGUCUUAUCAUGCAUUUUUGUGUGUUUUAUUAUUUAUAUGAAUAUUUUAUAAACACGGAUGGUAUAGAACGCGAGAUUCCCUCUCAGUUUAUAAAGAGGGGGAUUCCGUAUGAUUUUUCUUUGUUUUAGUAAUGAUUUUUUUGUCGGCUUAUUUGUGCACUCUGGGUACCAAAAUAUAGUGUUGUUCUUAUAUGUAACAAACAUACAAGAUGAAUAAAAAUAUGAAUGAAAA